AGCCUCCCCGUCCGGGGCAAGUUCGAGAGCGGGGAGGGCGUUUCCUGAGGCAACUCCGCCGGGGUCCUGUCGACGUUGCCCCUUCUCCGCCGGACCGCACGGUGAACGACGUGCCCACACUCGGAGGAAGGGCGAGUUUAAAGGGUUCUCGAGUUUUAAAGGGCUGAGCGAGUUUAAAGGGUUCCUUUUGAAAGCAGGAAGUUUGAAGUGAAGUUGCGUCAGCAGCAGAGCAUGCAGUUUCAGGUGCUCUCGGACAGCUUUCAGCUUCUCAGAACAAGCCUAACCCUCACCGCAGUAAUAACUUUUAUUAGGGGACAAAAGAUUCACCAAAGUAAAACCCUUUCUGCCCAAACCUAAAAACCUUUGGAUAAACGUUUGCAGGAAACGGAUCACAGCCUUAUUUGUUUUUCUAAACUGAGCAUAAACUCUUUUGAAGACUCAGCAUUACUGUCAAAAUGAAUGAUUGCCUGCUUACUUACGAUUCAGUUAUCGAGGUGUUUAGGUCUCCUUGCAGUACACUCAGUGACUCCCAGACUUUUUUUUUUUCCUCCCUUUGAAAUUGCUUGUUAGAAGGCUUUAAUUUCUCACAUUUGUGUGUCUUUUUGAGGUGGUUCUAAUAAACUUUAAAGGCUUCUGAUUUGCUGCGGGCCUGCCAUCGCUGUGGAAAGGAAGUAUUAUUUCAAAGGAGAAUAGAAGUGCUUUGGUUUCUAAAUAGUCCCAAUAGGACACUAGCAUCAGCAUCACUUGGGAGCUUUUUGGAAAUGCACAUUUUGGGAUCUUACCCCAAACUUACUGAAUCAGAAAUAUGUUUUAACAAGCCUUCCAAUUGAUACCAGUGCACCUGGAUGCUAAAGUUUGAGAAUUACUGGCGUAGUGAUAACACCCAUUGUGGAGUCACAUAUAAUGGAAUUUGAAUUGAAGUAAUUCCUAGAUGGAGAAACUUGGAUAUGUUACCUCACAGGGCAGGAAUAUGAAGAUGCAAGAAAAAUGUUUAACACCAAACACAUAGAAAACCCCCAAAGAUGUUAUUAAAUAACUUACUAGAACUGCAUAAAGUUCAGCUGUCUGUGUAUCUCCCUAGAUACCUAAAACUGACUACCUGACCACGUUUUCCCAUUGCUGAGCUAUUUCCCUGAUAUCUGGCCAUGCAACGAAGAUCAAGAGGGAUAAAUACUGGGCUUAUUCUACUCCUUUCUCAAAUCUUCAAUGUUGGGAUCAACAAUAUUCCACCUGUCACCCUAGCAACUUUGGCCCUCAACAUCUGGUUCUUCUUGAACCCUCAGAAGCCACUGUACAGCUCCUGCCUUAGUGUGGAGAAGUGUUGCCAGCAAAAAGACUGGCAGCGUUUACUGCUCUCUCCCCUUCACCAUGCUGAUGAUUGGCAUUUGUAUUUCAAUAUGGCAUCCAUGCUCUGGAAAGGAAUACAUCUAGAAAGAAGACUGGGAAGUAGAUGGUUUGCCUAUGUUAUCACCACAUUUUCUGUACUUACUGGAGUGGUAUACCUGCUCUUGCAAUUUGCUGUUGCCGAAUUUAUGGAUGAACCUGACUUCAAAAGGAGCUGUGCUGUAGGUUUCUCAGGAGUUUUGUUUGCUUUGAAAGUUCUUAACAACCAUUAUUGCCCUGGAGGCUUUGUCAACAUUUUGGGCUUUCCUGUACCGAACAGAUUUGCUUGUUGGGUCGAACUUGUGGCUAUUCAUUUAUUCUCACCAGGGACUUCCUUCGCUGGGCAUCUGGCUGGGAUUCUUGUUGGACUAAUGUACACUCAAGGGCCUCUGAAGAAAAUGAUGGAAGCACUUGCAGGCGGUUUUUCCUCCAAUGUUGGUUACCCAGGACAGCAAUACUACUUUAAUAGUUCAGGCAGCUCCGGAUAUCAGGAUUAUUACCCGCAUGGCAGGCCGGGUCACUAUGAAGAAGCACCUGGGAACUAUGACACGUACACAGCAGGACUGAGUGAAGAAGAACAGCUUGAGAGAGCUUUGCGAGCCAGCCUCUGGGACCGAGGAAAUACCAGAAAUAGCCCCCCACCCUACGGGUUUCGUCUCUCACCAGAAGAAGAAAUGAGGAGACAGCGGCUUCACAGAUUCGAUAACCAGUGAGGUGGCGUCUUGGGAAGACAUGGUCUAUUCAUGUAAUUAUUGCCCAUUUGGCUCAUUCCCGAAGCCCCUAAUUCAUUUUAAUUCAUUUUAAACAAAAGCAGAGUACACCGGUAUGGCUCCAGACCGCUCACAUCACCUGGGACAGUCCUCCCAAUGGCCCCUAUGAGUCAACUCACAGCUUGCUGGGAGUGGGCCUUCUCCUGGCCUUGUUCUUGCUCAUUAACAGGUCACUUCCUCCACGAAGGGACCAGUUUCCACACUCCCUUCUCUCACUGCUGACUCAGCAAUGCCUCUGCUUUGGUCUGCUUUUGAAGACUGUGACCUUCACCAGGUUUUCCUUUCACCAGUCAGGAAGAUUAGUCCCUCAUUCUGCCUGGAGAGCCCCGUGUUUGACUUGGCAGCGGGUGUGGAGCCAUCCCCACGUCCUCCUGGCGCAUUGCCACUGCAGCUGUCCAGGAACAGGAUGUGGUUGCCUCAGCCGAAUGUUGUCCUACUCUCCCCAACCCCGACGCCUCGGCACUUCGGGCCCCUGCAUCUGGCUGGUGUUUGCAGGGCUUUUGCUUUGCUCUGGUAUUGCUCUGCCUUUAUAGAAAGUCUUAUUGAAGAAGUAUAAGAAAGACCUAAGGUGGGGAAGACUCCUACACACACCGUUAGUAUCAGUGACACCAGCAGUGUAGGUUCCCAGCCACUUCCCAGUGGCAGCUUAUGUGCCCAGGAGAUAGGACAUCAUUUAACAAACCAGCCAAGUAACAGCAGAUGCAACAUACAGAGUAGAGCAAAGGCAUUUGGUGGAUCGGUCACUAGAGAUCUAUCUUGCAGAAAGUAUGUUUUUCCUCAUAAAAGUGCCUCUUAAUUGGCCAUUGUACCAGCCACUUGUCCUAGCCAAAUGUCCAAAACACGCCCUUGGGCCCCGCAACGUUACAAUCCACAGAUUGUCUGAGUCAUUUAAGGCAUUUCCUGGUGCUUGUGUUCCAUGAAUAAAAGGACAAAAGUCAGAAGAUCACUGAUGUCUUACUGUCACCGAGAUAUUUUAAAAUAGAGAAGUAGGAAAAGAUCUUCCUUUUUUGAUCUACAAUUUAUAUAGUUUUCUGAUUAUGCACAUAAAAGAUAUGCCUUCCAUAUGCAUAAAGCAAACAUGUGGAAAGAAAUAUACCCAAAUGUUAGCAGGGGUCAUCUUUGGGAGUGGAGUCCAUGGGAUUUUGCUUUCUUCAUUUUUAUAAUUUUAUAUUACUGUGUUGGAAGAUGUGUUUACGUGUGUGUGUUAAUAUAAAUUGUACCUGUGAGUCUAGAAGCUUUAAAUGUGUUAAAAUUAAAAUAUUCAAGCUAAAUGUUACUUCUCUCUCCCAAAUUCUGUAAGUUUGACUCCCGUUGCCCCAAGUAGAAGUAACUUCUUUCUUGUGUGCCACUUUUAUAGCAUUUGGUAAUUCUGCUAUAACACUUAUAUCUUGCCCCUAUUAUUAUCUGUGCACAGCUACACAAAGGUGUGCCUUCUACCUGGGAACAUGGAUUGUGAAUGACUCUGUAAUGAGGCCUGAGUCUUAGUUAUCUUUCCACUCACUCCCUGUCUCCCCUUUCCAACCCUAAAGGUUCAUUAAAUGUCAGUGUUUCACCAAAGUUUUUUUUCAGUUGUAUUAAGAUUCCAAUCACUGUAUAUGGAAGUAUUUUAUUUUUUAUAUCAUUUGAGACCACUAAUAGUACUUCCUUGCUCUGUUUGACUUGUCAGAUACAAAGACAUAGGAUUAGAUUUUGGGUGGUAAAAUUGUGAUACGCGUGGCUGUUUUUGGAGUGGAACAUCUUAGUGAUGUGAGAAAGGUCAUUUUAGUUAUAAAUGUAAGCCAGUUAUUUUAGCACAACAAUAAAGAUGUUCUGGAAAUUAUUAUAA